AUGGAGUCCUCUCCGGAUUGGAGCAGUGUUGCCGCUGACUCUUCGAAUGUCUCUUUUGGAUACAGCAUCGUCCAUUCGCCGCCAUUUACCUUCCUUGUCGGGCCCAGUCAUACCAAGCUGACAAUCCAGUCGGGUCUCGCUCGCCAUGUCUCGAAACCGCUGGACCAUCUCAUGAACAGUGGCCUCACUCGGGAGUCUAAACACCACAUUGCGGUCCUAGAGGAGGAGGAUGUGGAGACCUUUGUGGCCUUCACCGAGUAUGCAUACACGGGCGACUAUAACGUGCCCCCGCCGGGAUUUCGCGAAGAUGAGAGACACGACGACGUCGGUGAUCCCCAGUUCAAGGGAAUGUUCUCAAACCCAUUUGCCUCUGCAGUUCCUCCACCAGCACCAUCUCCUCCAGAGUCUGUCAAGCAUUUUGUCAGGGACCAGGAAGUGAGGGAGGAUGAGGGUCCCAAGCCCGAGAGGAAGGAGGAGGAGGAGCAGCAGCAGCAGCCACAGGUCGAGCAAGGGGGGGAGGAAGAGGAAGCGAAACAGGAGAACAAUAGCGCCAGUGACGAUCAUGUCGCUCCGGGUGAACUGCUCCAGGACCCAGUAGCCGCCGUCGAUCAGUCAAGUGGACAGCCUCCUGCUACUCCGGCGGCGGAAGAGGGAGAUCCUUGGGGCUUCACUGAGGAGACCGCUCCGUCAAAGGGAAAGAAAGGGAAGAAGAACAAAAAGGACAAAAAAAAUAAAAAGGGGGCUGGGCCGACAGAGGAAGUCACUGCCAACCUCACACCUCCUACCACACCCCCUCCUGAGAAUCCCAAGGAUGGAAUCAUCAGCGACCCUGCACUGGAGACUUCUGCGGUCGCGGAGGAACCGCUUCAAGUGAUAGAGCCUACGGAGACAUGCGCGGUGGAGGAGGCUGUGGAAAUCCCUGAGCCCACCGAGGAUGACAAUGCAUUUGACACUGUUGCGCCAGCCAUGGACGCUGAGCCCUGGGUGCCAACUGAUUCCAUCCCUCCGGAGAUGAAGGAUGUCCCUCAGGCUGAAGUGCGACAGGAGGACAAUAUCCAGCAGGAAGAGAGAAGCAGAGAAGAGGUUGUGUUUCCCCGAAGCCAGAUGAACCCAUUCAUUGACACCUCUUUCGCCAAGCAGCAUUUUCCUCUACGUCGCCCAACUGGAGUUGGCCUCUGGGAUGAGUUUACCGCCAUUGACUAUGUUGAUCAUCGCUCAAUGUACGGGACCAGGCCUCUCACACCGGUUUCAGCACGCUCCGAGUCGAGUAAAUCGGACCUUCCAUAUCUCGUCUUUCACGCCAAGGUGUACGUCUUCGCUGUGCGCUACUUGAUCCCCGCUCUGGCCCAAUUGUGUCUUCGAAAGCUUCACGCAGACCUUCUCAGCCUGUCGUUUCCCGAUCCCAAGAUGGACAACCGAGACCCCGAGCGAAUCGCUUUGACGACCAGCAAGGCCAGGAUCGUGCUCGACCUUCUCCACUAUACUUACACCAAGACGACCCGUCUGGAGCCCAUAUCACCUACCUCGGCCACCCAGCUUCGAGAUAACGAGCUCCGGAAACUGGUGGUCCACUACGCGGCCUGCAAGGUGCGAGACCUGGCGGAGUAUUGUCCCCCGAUGGAGAGUAUGCUCGGCUCGCCGUUGGCCUCCCCAGUGGACAAGCGGCCAGGAAGAGCAGAUCGGCCUUCAAGCCGUGGAUUCCGCGCCCUCUUGGACUCGACAACUGAGCUUGCCUCGGAUUUGGUCUAUCGGAUGAUGUGA